ACCCUGAGAAUCCGAGCCCGCGUCUGCACUCCUGCAGCCCAGGGGCCCGGGAGCCUGGAGCCCAACCUCGUCUCCAUGCGACACGUCACAAAGUGGCCCACAGCUCAGCGCACUAUAGCUGGCGGCCCCCGGGCCUCUGCAGGCAAACAUGGCUUGGCGAUGUACCGAGAAUCCAUGCUCUGUGCACCAGCGCAAGUUCCGGCUAAGUGAUAACAACUGGGAUUCAUAUACCACCACCAUGAAAGCUGCAUUCACACCAAAGACAGGAACCAGGACCACCUCACUUCGCCCCAAAACUAUCAGAUCAGAAAAUCCAUAUACAUUUGGUUUCAACCAGACACAUUACAAUGAAGAAUAUGUUUGGAAAGCACGUUCUAAAGAAGAUUGGAUCAAAACAGGACCUAUAAGAACCAUCAAGUAUCAAACACCUCCCUCUAAACAAGACUUCUUUCUCUGGACACUGCCUCAAGGCAACUCAGCAUCAGUGAAGAGCACGUGCCCUUGGAAAUUUGAGACUAUGGAGAAGAUUAAGAAGGCAAUAGCUAACCAGUUUGUUUCCCACACUCGGAGGGACUUUGUGGACAGAGCCAACGUUCAGAACAUGAAGAAAAUACAUCAGAAAUUUCCAGAUUGGAAAACGUUAAUUCCUCGACCUGCAGAAACUGAGUUCCGACGGAAUUACCAAUUUCCACCUCAUGUCCCUGAGUUUCAGGAUUUCAGUCUUAAAUAUGGGUGCUACUCAAGCCUGCAGUUUCCUUCUCGGGGUGCAGUGCCUUCUGUGCUCUACAGCCACAUGCGGACUCAGGAGCUCACAAAAAGGCAGACUAUUUACCAAAGCGAUUACGGGAAAACCUGCCUGGAUCUCUUAACGAUUUUGAACACAGUUACUCCCUCCCAAGUCCAAGCAUACCUUCAGAGUGUUUCCUACAGGGACAGAGAAAUUCUUAAUCGCUUUAUCCGCUCUCACUGUGACUUUGGUGAAAAAGUGAAAUGAAAAGGAAAAUAGUUCAAAUGAAGCAAAUCUGAAAAAUCAACAGAAGCACUGGGGCCUUCUGAUUCAUUUUCUCAAAACUUGGGAAAAAUAACAUACAGAUUAUUACAAAUAUGCUGUGAUAUUUAUGUCUUUGUGUAAAUUUAUUUUAUUUUCAAGCAAUAAAAUUAUUUAAGGUUAUAGGUU